CUCCUGGAUUCACACGCUCUAAAUUUAGCUGCCUUAAAGUCAGACAGGACAGCACGGGAGACUUAAACUCCUGAAACACAGAGACUCAACUUUUUGAUAUAAAUGAAGCAUUUCCUGUGCUCUGAAACUCUCUUUUGGCCUCAGUGAAAUUAAAGAUUGUUGAGCUGUUGGACCAAUGGGAAAAUCAAAGUGUGGAUUCACAUGGAAAAUGAAAUUCAUUGGGAAUCAAGAGGCAGACAUGUAAUCUCAUACAACACCGAUAUUUCCCUGCUGGCUUGACCGAGGCUCCCGCAGAGAUGAGACUCUACUUUUCUUUGUUAGUUGUCUUCAGUCUUUUUGUGUCUCAGUGCCACGCCGGCUGUUCUGAGGUGGAUUCUCUGACUGAGGCUGUGGCGGGACAAGGAUUCCUGCUGGGCUGCAUCUCCUGCAAGAGACGAGAGGAGGUCCCUGCACGAGCCACCGUAGACUGGCAUUUCAAGCCUCUGGGAGAGGAGGAGUUCAGGCAUAUUUUCCACUAUGACCAUCCUGUAGCUGACAUCCUCCAUGAAGACUUCAGCGAGCGCCUGGUAUGGCGCGGGACACUAAAUGAUGACCUUCAGAUGGGAACCGUGUAUGUUAAUAACGUCACCUUCAAUGACACUGGGACGUAUCGCUGCACCUUCCACCGUACCCUCUUCCUGCCGCUGUCUCCUGAGCUUGUCACCGUGGAGAAGGAGGUGGAGCUUAGUGUGGUGGCUGUAGCCAAUCGCGAGCUGACUGAUGUGAUCUCGGAGAUAAUGAUGUACGUGCUGAUCACGUUCCUGCAGCUGUGGCUCAUUGUGGUUCUGAUCUACUGUUACAAGAAAAUCUGGGACGAGCACGAAGCACGUCAAGCUAAAAAGGCUCAGGCUGGACAGGGAGAAUCUAAAGAUAACUGUGACGGGGUGCAGCUGGACUAACAUCAGCGAUUGCUACACCACGAUUCUGAUGAAAUGGAGCUCAGGCAGAAGAUCAGAGCAUUUUGUUCUUUGAGAUGGACCUGCUCAUUUACACCUUCGUGUUUCUUUUUCUUUUGUGGACUCUGCCAGAGCGGCUUUGCAUGACUACAAUUCAAAAUAAUCCUUAUUUAUCUCAUGCUGGACCUCGAUGAAGCCUCUCAGAUUGUCCUCUAUGUUAAACAAGCUGUUUAUUUCCCUUUUAAGGCAUUUUUCUUCUGAUUGGCUGCCCCUCAUACGCAACAGAUUUGAAAAUGUGGGUGGAGCCUUUGUACCUGAGAUGACCUUAUUAGGGAUAUCCCCUCUCUCUUGUGUCAUACAAACCCAAGAGUAGAUAAAUCUGAGUGUGGGCAGUCUGAUGAAUUUGUAAUGCAAACAUCUUCCACUGUAACAUCGCAUAAAUGACAGGGGAAAAGGAAAACCUCCACUUUGAGUGGAGGUGAGUGUAGAGCUUCUUUAAGUUAAGGCUUAAAGGCCUUAAAGGUGUGAGUAACACCUUUAAACUACUAAUGUUUAUUAUCUCAUAAGUCAUAUUUACAAAGCAUCUAUUAAUCCCUCAUCCUGCAUUACUUUAAAAACACUAAGCCUUCAAUGAAGAGUUUGCGGUCAGCAAUCUCCGAACAAUGAAAGUGUUGGAUUAAAUUACUGCUUAUUUGCCACAGGUGAGCUGUACACAAGUUACCUACUAUACUCAUUAGAGACUUACAAGUUAGCAGUGACUCGAGAAUAUUCCUUCUCCAUCAAUAAUUCCAGAUGAAUGUGGUCUGUUCUCCCUGUGUGCAUUCUUACACCCCGGCCUAGCACGAGCUGG